AUGAUCAAACAAUAUAAUAUUGAACUGUUCCGCCCAAGGAGUCAACAUAAUCUAUCGACGGACGAAAUUCGUUCAAUCAAGCACUUGGUCACCAUUCCUCAAAUGGUGGUUGGCACUUUAGCUGACCUACUCAAUGCGAGGGAGGAUGGGCUCCGUCUUCUUUUAUGUGUAUUAGCAGGCUACCCACUGGCUGUGAUACACCGAAGCUUCUUGUAUAACAAGCCUAGCAAUGUUCAGCACGCCUUCUUCGUGGCCAUUGGGCUGACACUGUACAUUUUCAACAGCGGUUUUGACGCUGUACAUGCUUUAAUAGCGAUUCUGAUGGCCUAUGGAAUCACAAAUUUUAUUGGCGGCACACGGGAAUCAGUGAUUGCAGCGCAUGUUUGUUUCUUGGGUUAUUUGCUUGUUGGGUAUUGGUACGUUGAAUCGGAAGCUUAUGAUAUUACGUGGACGACUCCGUAUUGUAUUAUGACAUUGCGGUUUACUGGACUAGUAAUGGAUAUCUACGACGGAGCACAUUUUGAAACACUAAAAGCAGAUCAGAAAAAAACAGCUAUAACGGACAAACCGGGGCUGUUAGAGAUCGCCGCCUACGGUUUGUUCUACACAGGCACAUUCGCUGGUCCACAGUUCACUCUGAGCAAAUUCAGAAGUUACGUGAAUGGUGAUUGGUUGGACGAGAAUGGACAGCCUAAGCAGUCCGCGCUGAUGCCAUCCUUAGGUCGAUUUAUUGGCGGUUGCACCUAUAUGGUUUUCAACCAGUGGGGUGCUGUGUGGAUUCCUGACACUUUCUUUAACUCACAGGAGUUCUUUGACAUGUCCUUCUUCUGGCGAUGGACAUGGACAAUGAUAUGGUUCCGUCUGACUAUGUACCGGUAUUGUGCAAUGUGGAUGAUAACGGAAGGUGCUUCUAUCCUCAAUGGUCUGGGAUACAAUGGUAAAGAUAAGGAUGGAAACGAUAGAUGGGAUGGCGUUCGCGACGUACAUGUUUGGCUAUGGGAAACAGGACACGACUUCUCUUCUGCUAUUGCUUCGUUCAACUGCGGGACCAAUACGUUUGCGAAGAACCACAUUUUCCGACGGCUGCGAUGGCUGGGUAGUAAAGCGGCUGCUCAUCUUGCCACUUUAGGAUAUUUAGCAAUUUGGCAUGGAUACCAUCUCGGAUAUUUCUUCCUAUUCUUUUUUGAAUUCGGAUGCGUAGUUGCUCAAGAACAGUUGUACGCAUUAAUCGAGCGUACACCUGGUUGGUCAGAAUUCAACGCUAAACCGACUGUAAGACCGUUCAUAUGGGUAUUUGGUCGUUUGACCGUCAUGUACAGCAUGGGUUUCGGCUUCCUCUGUUUUGGACUUCUGAAGACGAAGUUUUGGAUAGGACCUCUCAAGUCACUGUACUUUGUUGGUUUCUUUGUAUUUUUCGUCGUUUGGCCGAUUCUACACGUCAUUCUGAAGCGGGUACUGCCAAGGAAACCGAAAAGUGUAGUUUCCGAACAAAAUUCGAAUGGAGCGACAGAACACAAAAAGGAGUUGUGA